AUGGCUGCCACAUCGUUCUCUCACGAGAUGCAGCGCGUCAUGCACCAGAACACCUUCCUCAAGGUGGUUUCGGAUGAGGACAUCCAGGUCAUGGCCGUCAAGUGGAGCAGGUAUUCAUCUUGGCCCUGUUCCGGCGCUGACACAUGCUUCUGGGAUCGCAUGGAUGGGAACGUCGCCAUCAUGGAUGAGACCAAGGCUGCGCCAGAGCCGGUCGCGGAGCUUGCAGCGGAUGCUGCGAACAUGGGCGAGCAAGAUUGCAAGGAUUGCAAUCCUUGCAUCUUCUUCGCCAGUGCCAGGGGCUGCUUGCAUGGUCUCGGCUGCAAGUUUUGCCACGUGCACCUCGCGAAGAGAGAGGGUGCGGCAAAGAAGCGUGCACGGAAGCAGACGCGUGACAAGUUGAAGUCCCAGGUGUUACAGCUCUUAGGGGAGAGCCAAGAGGACAUGCAGGCACAGCAGGACGAGCUUCAGCUCAUGGCCAAGAACAACUCCUUCGUGCGCGCCUUCGCCGUGGCGUGCCUCGAAGGUCAUGUGCGCACGGACGUCGAACUUCUCGAUGAAGAUCGAGCUCGCAUCUUGCAACCUGGGCGAGUCAAUUGA